UUCAACAAAAAAUCGAAUCCCAUUUUAAUUCUCAAAUCCAAGCUUGGGAGACAGAGAAAGAGAAAGAGAAUGGACGCCAUUGAUUCUGUGUUCGAUCCGCUGAGAGAAUUCGCAAAGGACAGCGUGAGGCUCGUGAAGCGCUGCCACAAACCCGAUCGCAAAGAAUUCUCCAAGGUUGCCGUCCGUACUGCAAUUGGUUUCGUCGUGAUGGGAUUCGUCGGUUUCUUCGUGAAGCUCAUUUUCAUUCCAAUUAACAACAUCAUCGUCGGAUCUGGUUAGAUUAAGGGAACUACUAUCGCCAAAGUAAUUCAAGUUGUCAAGCAAAAGGAGGCAGACAGAUUUCCCUCAUCAAUAGAUCAUUCUAUGCCACCAAUCUUAGUUCUUUUUUCAUUUUUGUUUUUUUCUUGUCUCAGGAAUCUUUACUUCCUUUAGAUGUAAAAUUUUAUUUAUCCUCUGUUGCACCUUGACACAUUGUUUUGAUUUAAGAUAAGAAGGAAAAAACAAUGUUGAAACUUGAAACUGUAGUUUUAUUUUGAUCCUAUGUUAACUUUGUUUUCGACUUCCUUUA